AUGGUGAUCGACAUCCUGAGCAUCAGAGGUGAGCCGAUUUUCGACGAGCGCAUCGUCAAGAUCGAGACUCACGCGUACAACCCCUAUGCCAAUGCAACGUUCGGAUACAGCGAUGAAGUACGAAUACCCAUACAGCAGCAGGAUUUGUACACUCUACCGUGCGAAAGCGCUCUAUACGUGGAGGGAAAAUUGUCCGAUGAGACAUCGACGACGACGAAUCAGACUUCAAAACUUGCGAGCAACUGCGUGGCCUUCAUGUUCGAGGAGAUACGUUACGAACUCAAUGGCGUAGAGAUCGAUCGAAAUCGCAACGUUGGAAUAACCAGUACGAUUAAGAAUUACGUUUCGUUGACCUCGCGCGAGCUCGAUAUAUUGCAGAACGCCGGGUGGGGUGAGCCACACGUUUCCGACAGCGGUUCCUUCAGCCUGUGCGUCCCCUUGAAAAUAUUAUUGGGCUUUUGCGAGGACUACAAACCACUACGCGUAGUGGUGAACGCGCGACACGAACUUAUCUUGAUACGCGCGCGCACCGAUACCAAUUGCAUCGUGGCGCAAGAGAGUGCUAAAAGUCCGAAAAUCGUUCUUUCGAGGGUGCAAUGGCGAAUGCCGCACAUUGUUUUGAACGACGUGAACAAAUUGUCGCUUCUGCGAACGCUGGAGAGCGGACGGUUUUCAAGCGUCGGAUUUCGCUCGUGGGAUCUGUACGAAUUUCCAUUGCUGCAGAGCACCACCAAGCACUCGUGGGCCGUAAAAACUGCGGCGCAACUAGAGAAACCGCGAUACGUUAUCUUUGCCCUACAGACAGGACGACGAAACGUGUUGACACGCGAUUCCUCGACCUUCGAUCAUUGCAAGCUCACCAACGUGAAACUGUACUUGAAUUCAGACUUUUAUCCCUAUGACGACAUGAAUCUUGAUAUCGAGAACAAUAAAUUUGCUAUACUGUACGACAU